AUGUCAAUGUCAAUGUCAAAAUCUCAGGCUUUGCGCUUUCUUUUUGAACGUCAUUGUUUGUUGCGCACUUCUGGACCCGUUUUGCUAUCUGCUCCUACCAGCUCACUUCUUCCGUCUUUGAGAAACCACCCAUUGAACAUAAACCCACGCUUCUCAUCUUGGAGCCUAGGAGCAAACUCUUGCAGAUAUUCCAUGGUCCAUAGAAUACCGCCGAGCCACUCCUCCGAACGAGCACGCAAGAGAAGACGCAUAUCUACCACUGCCCCGCACGAGGGCGUGCCUGAAGCAAUGGAAAAUCCAGCGCAAACUCCGGCGCAAACCCCCCAGCCACUGGUCACCUUCCAGCUUACGCCUCUUGAGACGACUCUAAAGGAGCUCCUCCUCGAUGUCGCCCAGUACAUACACAAUCGAGCAAUCGCCACGGGAGCCAGCGAGGCUGAUACCCCACACAUGGUUUUGCGGUUUACUGGAGGUUGGGUGCGGGACAAGCUGCUGGGGGUUGACAGUCAUGACAUCGAUGUCGGGAUCAGUUCUAUGACGGGAUAUCAAUUUGGUAUGGCACUUAAGACGUAUCUUGACGAUCCCGAAAAUCUGGAAAAGUACAAACGAAACCACCCCAACGGAGAGCUGAAAGAGGCGAUUGUCAGUCUACAUAAAAUCGAAGCGAAUCCGGAGAAGUCGAAACACCUCGAAACUGUAACGACGAAGAUUUUUGGGUUGGAUAUUGACCUAGUCAAUCUACGCAAGGAAACAUAUACAGAUGAGAGCCGGAACCCACAGAUGGAGUUCGGUACGGCCGAAGAAGAUGCCAUGCGUCGUGAUGCGACAAUCAACGCGCUCUUCUACAAUUUGAACGAAUCUAAAGUGGAAGAUUUUACUGGAAGGGGUUUUGAAGACAUGAGGAACAAAAUCAUUCGCACUCCACUGGAACCAUAUCAGACAUUCAAAGAUGAUCCGUUGCGUGUGCUACGGUUGAUCCGUUUCGCAAGCCGGUUGGGAUACAACAUUGAUGCGAAUACACAACUAGCGAUGCAGAAUAGUGACAUCAGUACAGCUCUGAAGCAAAAAAUCAGCAAGGAACGCGUGGGGACUGAGCUGGAGAAGAUGCUCAAAGGGCCUGACCCUCGGGGUGCACUGCAUCUCAUUGACCAAAUUGGUUUGUAUCCUACGAUCUUUGCUAACAACCAAGACGAUGCCACUGCGGAUACAUCCUCGUGGUCCCUUGCCUACAACGCCCUUGAGACUCUAUUACAUCACGACGAAGCCUUGAAGCCGACGCUGGAGAAAGUACGCAAUUUUCUCAUCCGCGAUGCCCAAGAGACAUAUUAUGCAUGGAUAAUCACUGCAUUGGCACCCUGGUCGAGUGUGGCAGGGCGCGUAGCAAAGGGGCCAAAAGCGAAACCUCUCCCUCCUCGAUCGGUGGAAGUUGCCAGAGAUAGCCUCCGCUCUGACAACAAGACGCUCAGCGUUCUUGGCGAUGCGGCUACAAAUUGGAACUCUAUCAUUGAUGUUAAGUCAUCGCUUCUGGAGGGCCGCAUAGAGGGAACAGAUGCCGAAGUGCGACAACAAAUCGCACUGCACAUGAGGAGCUGGAAGAAAGACUGGAGGCUUUGCAUGGUCUUAGCCAUUCUGCAAGAAAUUAUGAAAGGAAGAGAGAUCUUGCCAGUGGCCCAAGAAUAUGAUCAACUCAUAUCGUAUAUUGUUAAGAAUGACCUGCAAGAUGUCUGUGAGAUGAAGCCCAUGGUCAAUGGAGCUGAAGUUAUGAAAGCGAUGGGUGCUAAGAACGGGCCAUGGCUAAGCAAAGCGCUAGAUCUGGUGAUCAAGUGGCAGCUUCUGCAUCCAGAAAUUACGGAGAAGGAAAAGGCUCUGGAGUAUGUGUUAUCUAGAAAGGAUGAGUUUGGUCUAUAG